AAGGCUAUCAACUUUUACUUACCGUCGACUGCGGUCUGCUGGCUGGCAACUUAUAAGUUAUGAUGGCAAAGUGUUUUGAAUUGUGCGUAACCUUGACCUUUCUCCACCGGCAGGUCUCAGGCUUUCGGACUACCAAGAGCCAAGUACGCAUUCAUUCGACGAUUACAUUUGGUGGUUCAUCCCAUAAUUUCUAGAAAUGUUGACAUUCAGCGUCCUCGCUCUUGCCAUGAUCCUAGGAUAUGUUGACGCAUUACCCGCUGAGAGGCGUGCUGGCACGAGCUGUGACCUAGCCGGUGCCAGACUCCAUGUGCCUGCUAAUCAAACGCAGCUCGUUGCGCCCACAUACGCACCGAGCUUCAUCGGUAUGAGUAUCGGAACUCAAAACUACAGUUGUAAUGCCACCACAUCCACGUACACACUUAUCGGGGCUCUCGCAGAAAUAUUUGAUAGCUCAUGCUUAUAUGGCACUCCUGCUUUCAAAAGUGCUCCAACUGUGGCUUAUGAUAAGUGGACUGCUACUACCAAUUUAACUGUCCAGGAAAUUAUCGCCACACUACGACUCACGUCCGAUCCUUCCGUGCUCGGACAGCACUAUUAUGUUCCUAACCCUGUGGGAUCCGGUUUGUCUCCAAAGUGGGACUUCACAUCAUCUGGGGUGACAGCUGGAGAUCCCAAUGCCUAUGUCAUUGGUGCUAAGAUUGGUGACCUGCCCAGCUCGGACCCGAACGAUAUUGAUGACUUAAUGGUCAAAGCUGUCGAGGGAGAUUUAGCUAGUGAGGUUUUCAGGGUUCAGACCAACGGAGGUCAGCCGCCCACAAAGUGUGAAGCUGGAAGCUGGAAUAUCACUGUUAAAUACACUGCUCAAUAUUGGUUCUUCUAAUGAAAAAAUUUUGAACACAGCCUUGAGUCAUUCCAUUGUCGAUAGAACCCCGUUAGUACUGCCAUUUCAUGCAAUCAACCCUUUCGCGUCCUCUCAAAAGCCGU